UUAAUUAUCAAUAUUAAUUUUUCAGUGUAAUCUCAUCUAAUUUAAAAAAUGGCAACCGCUGUGCUACGCUUAUUUUUGCUUCUGAUAUUGCUAACGUGUGCAAUCUCAGAAUUAUGCAACCCACAAGAUAAAAAAGUUUUGCUCCAAAUAAAGAAAGAUCUCAACAACCCUUACCUUCUAGCCUCAUGGAACCCAGACACGGAUUGUUGCACUUGGUACACCGUCGAUUGUGACCCCAAAACGCACCGUAUUAUCUCCCUCACUAUUUUCUCUUCCGUACCAGAAACCAAUUUCUCCGCCCAAAUCCCUCCCUCCGUGGGCCUGCUCCCAUACUUAGAGACUCUCGAGUUCCAUAAACUUCCAAAGCUAACAGGCCCACUCCAGCCCACAAUUGCCAAACUAACAAACCUCAAGUUCCUCCGUAUCAGUAAUACCAACUUAUCGGGCUCGGUUCCUUCUUUCUUGGCCCAACUCACAAACCUCACAUUUUUGGAUCUAUCUUUCAACAACCUCACCGGUUCAAUCCCCGGUUCACUCUCUCAACUUCCCAACCUCAACGCCCUCCACUUGGACCGUAACCACUUAACCGGUUCGAUCCCUUCUUCGUUCGGUUCGUUUAAGUCCAACCCAGAUAUCUACCUUUCCCACAACAACCUCACUGGGCCCAUCCCACCCACAUUAGGGAACCUCAAUUUAACUACCAUCGACUUGUCGCGGAACAAGCUCGAGGGAGACGCGUCUUCGAUUUUCGGGCCCAAUAAAACUGUCCAAAUAGUGGAUCUAUCGAGGAAUCAACUAUCGUUCGAUCUGUCGGAGGUGGAGUUUCCCGCGAGUCUAACGUCGUUGGAUCUAAAUCAUAAUAAGGUGUAUGGGAAGCUUCCUGAGGGUUUGACCGCACUAAAUCUGCAGUAUCUGAACGUGAGUUACAAUAGGUUGUGUGGUCAGAUUCCGGUUGGUGGAGAUUUGCAAAGUUUUGAUAUUUAUUCUUAUUUUCAUAAUAAGUGCUUGUGUGGAUCUCCGCUUCCCAAAUGUACAUGAUCUUUACUAUCAUAUCACAAAUCACAAACAGAAUUGCAUGCAUGAUUCACAAAAUUAGAGAGAAAAAUAUAAAUAAUCUUGAAAACUUUAAAGUACUUAUAGUUGAACUAUAAAGUGUUUCAAAUUUUAGAGCAAUAAUUUAUACUCUGUUAUUAAAGGUUUUUUAUUUUAUUUUUAUAAAUACUAUGUUAUUUGUUUUAAUUUUUAUAUUUUAAUGAAUAAUUAAACUCUCUUA